AUGGGCCAGAGCAACCACACCACUGUGAAGGAAUUUGUCUUCCUGGAACUCACUCGCUUCCGGGAGCUAGAGUUUUGCUUGUUUGUGGUCUUCCUUGCUGUGUAUGUAACAACUGUGCUGGGUAACGCACUCAUUGUGCUGACCAUCACCUGUGAGUCCCACCUCCACACUCCCAUGUACUUUCUCCUGAGGAACAAAUCAGUCCUGGACAUUGUUUUUUCAGCUGUCACCGUUCCCAAGUUCCUGGUGGAUCUUUUAUCAGAGAGGAAAACCAUCUCUUACCAUGGCUGCAUGGUACAGAUCUUCUUCUUCCACUUUGCUGGUGGGGCAGAUAUUUUUUUCCUCUCUGUGAUGGCCUAUGACAGAUACCUUGCAAUUGCCAAACCUCUGCAUUAUGUGACCAUUAUGAGGAGAUCGAUGUGGGUGGGUUUGGUGGUCGCCUCUUGGGUGGGUGGUGGUUUGCACUCAAUUGUCCAGAUAAUUCUCUUACUUCCACUCCCCUUCUGUGGUCCCAAUGUCCUAGAUGCCUUCUACUGUGAUGCGCCCCAAGUGGUUAAACUGGCCUGCACUGACACCUUUGCUCUGGAACUCCUUAUGAUCUCUAACAAUGGGCUGGUGACACUCCUGUGGUUCCUCGGGCUCCUGGGGUCCUACACUAUUAUUCUGGUGAUGCUGAGAUCUCACUCUGGGGAGGGCCGGCACAAGGCCCUCACCACCUGCACCUCCCACAUCCUGGUGGUGACUCUUCACUUUGUGCCUUGCAUUUACAUCUACUGCCGGCCCUUCACUACACUGCCCAUGGACAUAGCUGUGUCUAUCAAUAACACGGUCAUCACCCCCAUGGUGAACCCCAUCAUCUACACUCUGAGGAGCCAAGAGAUGAAAUCAGCCAUGAAGAGACUUCAGAGAAGGAUUGGGUUUUCUGAGAGCAGUAAACUGGGGUGA